UUUACACGAUCAUUGAAAAAUCUGUUUUAUAAUUACUCAAGGCCUAAAAUAGUUUAUAUUUGUUUUAAAAAAUUUAAAAUAAAAAUUCAAAAACUGACGUGCCAUUUCCAAUUUAUGGCAAGAGAUUGAAUAUUUAUCAAUGUUAAGGGCCCUCAGGAAGAAAUUAAAAAUUUAUAUAAAAAAAUGUCAAUUACAUAUUUCAUUUUCAUAUAUAUAUAUAGAAGGUUGAAGGUUUAUAGAAGCUAAGUAGUUCUUUUUUAUUUUUUUGGUUGAAAAAAUAACCAUAAAUUAGGGAUAAACCUUAAUUAGUGUGAAAAUUAAUUGGACAUUUUUUUUUACAAAAUAGGGAUGAAAGCCAUAUUUUCUAAAACAAUAUACGUAAAAUAUGGAUAUACUGGCAGGGUAGAGAUUUUCCCUAAAUUUAAAAAAACAAAUCCCAAUAAUUAUUAUGAAGCAAUGGACCCAAUCACAAAUUAGACAAAUGCAUAUGAUAAUUUACAUCAAAUCCGGUGCUUGCUUGUUUGUUUGUUUUUCUUUUUCCCCCUCAAUAACUUAAAACAUCGAAUCAUUAAAAUAAGGCCCUUCAAUCCACAGACAGUCGGUGCUGUUUGCUGAGAUAACUCUCUUCUUUCCUUCUUAGCUGUUCCUCAACCAUCAACGCCGUGAAUCGACCCCUCAUUAAGCAUUAGGCAUUAGUCUAUAUCCAUUACUGCUCUCUUCUUCUCCUACCCCUCAUCUCUCCAUGAUUGUUUAUCUUUCUGUUUCUUCCCAUUUUGGGUUCCAUCUCUUCGAUCGCCGAUCUAGCUGACAUACUUGAAUUCAAGGUGGGGGAGGUGGAGAGAGCUAUUGGAUAGAGGGAAGUAGGCCAUUUCCCUCAUAACCCAUAGUUCCAAUCGUGGUAACAAGAUAGAAACAAGAACAAUUGAUUUAGAUCUUUCUGUAUACGAGUGUUAAAAUUUUGUAGUCAGAGAAGGAAGAAGAAACAUGGGGCUAGACAAUAUCUCAGCUCAAAAGAGAACCGGAAGUGGAGGGAAUGGUUUGCCCACCACUGCUGCCACCGCCAAUGGCAGGAGAGGCCGUGCGUUCCCCGGAAUUCCCCGUGGCCGUCAGAUCCAGAAGACUUUCAACAAUAUCAAGAUUACCAUACUCUGUGGCUUCGUCACCAUUCUUGUUCUUCGUGGCACCAUCGGCAUCGGAAACCUUGGUAGCUCCGAGGCCGACGCUGUAAACCAGAAUAUCAUCGAAGAAACCAACCGGAUCCUCGCCGAGAUUCGAUCUGACAGUGAUCCCAACGACCCGGAUGAUCCUGCCGAGGCAGAAGUCAACCCUAAUGUCACUUACACACUCGGUCCCAAGAUUGCGAACUGGAAUCAGGAGAGAAAGGUUUGGCUGGAUCAGAACCCACAAUUUCCCAAUUAUAUUAAUAAAAGAGCUAGGAUCUUGCUUGUUACCGGUUCGCCUCCAAAACCCUGCGAUAAUGCAAUUGGAGAUCAUUAUUUGUUGAAGGCAAUCAAGAAUAAGAUUGACUAUUGCAGGCUUCAUGGGAUUGAAAUAGUAUACAAUUUGGCUCAUUUAGACAAGGAACUUGCUGGGUAUUGGGCCAAGUUGCCGUUGAUCCGGCGAUUGAUGCUGUCACACCCUGAGGUGGAGUGGAUUUGGUGGAUGGACAGUGAUGCGUUAUUUACCGAUAUGGUGUUCGAGAUUCCACUGGACAAAUAUGAUAACUACAAUUUGGUGGUUCACGGAUACCCUGAUUUGAUGUUCAACCAGAAGUCCUGGAUUGCACUCAACACAGGAAGCUUUUUGUUUCGGAAUUGUCAGUGGUCUUUGGAUUUGCUGGAUGCUUGGGCUCCAAUGGGACCAAAGGGUCCUAUCCGGGAAGAGGCCGGCAAGAUUUUGACUGCAUACUUGAAGGGAAGGCCAGCAUUUGAAGCUGAUGAUCAGUCAGCUUUGAUAUAUCUAUUGCUUUCUCAGAAAGAUCAGUGGAUGGAUAAGGUGUUUCUAGAGAAUUCAUACUAUUUGCAUGGUUACUGGGCUGGAUUAGUGGAUAGGUAUGAGGAAAUGAUUGAGAAGUACCACCCUGGAUUGGGCGACGAGAGGUGGCCUUUCGUGACGCAUUUUGUGGGCUGCAAGCCUUGUGGUAGCUAUGGAGACUAUCCAGUGGAAAGGUGUUUGAGCAGCAUGGAGAGGGCUUUCAAUUUUGCCGACAAUCAAGUUUUGAAGCUGUAUGGAUUUGGGCAUAGGGGCCUCUUGAGCCCCAAAAUCAAGCGGAUCAGGAACGAGACAGCCACUCCAUUGGAGUUGGUUGAUCAAAACGAUAUUCGGCGGCACGUUCUUCAUCGGAACAAUGCUCCUCCAACCAAGUGAGCAAAUUACUUCGUUGUGUGAUUUACCUGUAGGUGAUGGUGUUAUACGUCAUUUCACAGCAGAUAAAGGCUGGUAACAGUUCAUACCCAAGUCCGUCUUUCUUCCCUUGUCGUUCUAAUCCUGCUUUUGAGGAGGAUAGAGUUUAAUUCUUUCAUUAACUUAAAAGGACAGUGUUUCAGUAAUGAGUAUAGGUACUUUAUUUCCCUCUCUUCACGGUUUUUUUGUUUUUUUAUUUUGAGAAGUUGAAACGUUACUAUUCUUGCUAUUUAUUUAGACUUGAUCCUAUUGGUAUCAAUUUAUGUGGUCAAACCUAGAUCAGAACCUUGAUGUUACUGAGAAAAGCUGGUCAGCAUGUUAUAAUUCCCAAGGAAGAAGAAUAGGGAGAACUCUAUUGUAUGGCUCUUAUGAU